AUGGAUGCCUUAAGGAAAAAGUCACCCUUACUCUUCGUUACAUCCCCAAAACCUAAUUGCACAGGUCUUUAUCCGAGUGACAUCGGUAGCAGCGCACAGGCUCCUGGAGGCGGUACAUCACCAUCUCAAUGGUCGGCGAUCGUCGGCCUUGUCACUGCAAUGCUGCUGCUCGUGAUGCUGCUCUGCUCCAUGUUGGCCCUGUUGAGGCGACGCUUUCUGACGGAUGAACGGAAGUCAACUCAAGCUGGUAAGUGUACCUCUUUCCUGUUUCAAAGUGUAGGUGCAUUGUCGAGAGAUUGA